AUGAGUUCAACUACUACCAAAGGAGACGGGAAGUUUCAUUUCGCCAUUGACCGUGGUGGAACCUUUACCGACAUUUUUUGCAAGCUCCCUGAUGGCAGUGAAAUUGUGAGCAAACUUUUAUCGGAAGACCCUGCUCAUUAUCCCGAUGCCCCAACCGAAGGAAUUCGACGCGUGUUGGAAGAACAUGAUAAGGAACGUUCCUACCCUCGUUCGCAGCCUGUGCUUACAUCUCAAAUUGGAUCCAUUCGCAUGGGGACCACAGUGGCUACCAAUGCCUUGCUAGAACGUGAUGGUGCUCGCAUGGCAUUAGUGAUUACCAAAGGAUUUGGCGACGUUUUGGAAAUUGGCAAUCAGUCUCGUCCCGAUAUUUUUGAUUUGACCUGUGCCAAACCAUCCUUGCUCUAUGAAAAAGUGGUAGAGAUUGAGGAGCGAGUCGUCUUGAGUCAGUUUUGCCCUCCUGCUUCCAGUGAGAGUUGGAAGGAAUACCCUCGCCAUGUCGGAUUGACCGGCGAAGAAGUGCAGGUAUUGCAAGAACCGGAUUUGAAAGCCAUCCAAAAGGAACUGGAAGCUCUGCGCGAUCAAGGAGUCAUAGCAUUGGCCAUUUGUUUGAUGCAUUCCUACACAUAUGCAGCUCAUGAACAAGCUAUCGGAAAACUUGCUGCUUCCAUGGGUUGCUUUUCACAGAUUUCACUGUCUAGUGAAGUCAUGCCCAUGGUCAAACUUGUCAGUCGGGGCCACACCUGCUCGGCGGCAGCGUAUCUGACACCCAAAAUCAGCACCUACCUGGCUUCAUUCAAGAAAGGCUUUGAUGUGGAUCUUGGCAAAGUACCAUUGACCUUUAUGAAAUCAGAUGGAGGAUUGGCUCCUGACGGGGGAUUUGGUGGUCAUCAGGCCAUUUUGAGUGGACCUGCCGGUGGAGUUGUAGGAUACGCAAAGACAUCUUUCAAUCCAAAGGAUCAGAUUCCCUGCAUUGGAUUCGAUAUGGGUGGCACGUCGACGGACGUCUCUCGCUACGACGGACAGUGGGAGUUAACUUUUGAAACGGUGACAGCAGGAGUGGCCAUUCAGGCCCCUCAGCUUGACAUUCAUACUGUUGCUGCUGGAGGAGGCAGUCGGCUUUUUCUCAAACGCGGAAUGUUCAUCGUCGGACCUGAGAGUUCUCGAGCUCAUCCCGGUCCUGUCUGCUACCGAAAGAAUGGGUACCUUGCAGUGACAGACGCCAAUGUAGUCUUGGGACGUGUGGUGCCAGAAUAUUUCCCAUCCAUCUUUGGACCCAACGAAGAUGAACCUCUGGAUGUCGAGGGUGCGCGCAAGGCCUUUGCCGAGUUGACAAAGCUCCCGGAGGCUGCAGGUCGCUCGGCAGAAGAGCUUGCCUACGGAUUCUUGCAGGUUGCCAAUGAGGCCAUGUGUCGGCCUAUUAGAAAUUUGACCCAAAUGAAAGGUUUCGACAUAACCACCCACAAAUUAGCAUGCUUCGGUGGCGCUGGGCCUCAGCAUGCUUGUGCCAUGGCCAAAGCAUUGGGAAUGAAAAAGGUGUUUGUCCACAGAUAUGGUGGGGUCCUUUCAGCCUAUGGCCUCAGUAUGGCAGACGCAGUCAACGAGGAACAAGAACCAGCCGCUGAAGUCUACCAGGGGAAGAUCAGCGCUUCUGGAGAGGAGAGACUGACCCAUCUGGCAGAAAAGGCAAAGGCAGCGUUGAUUGCCCAAGGGUAUGAUGAGCCCUCAAUUGUCGUUGAAAGAUAUAUCAACAUGCGAUACGAGGGAACAGACAAUGCCAUUAUGAUUAAGGAAUGCAGCGACAAGACAUUUGAAGAAGCGUUUGAAGCGUUGUACAUGCGAGAGUUUGGGUUCAAACUGCAGGGCCGCGAAAUUCUGAUUGAUGAUUACCGCGUCCGGGCUUUGGUUCCAGGAGAAACUCCAGAAAUUCUCGACGAUCCACCAUCGAUCGGGUCGCCCACUGCCGUAGGGUCUGCUCGUGCUUACUUUGAAACUGGAUGGCAAGAAGUUCCGGUGUAUAAAGUUGAAGACUUGAAACCGGGCCAUACAGUCGAAGGACCCAGCAUCAUAAUCCAACCGAUCAGUACUGUGGUCCUUGAGAUAGCCUGCAAGGCAUUCGUCACUGGUAAUGGUGACCUCGAUAUUGCAGUCGAAGAUCCUCACGCUCAGGAAAAUCACACCGAAGGCGGCGGGCCUGUCGAGAUCAAGGAAGACCCUGUGAAGCUUUCCAUCUUUGCACAUCGGUUUAUGGGGAUCGCCGAACAGAUGGGACGUACUCUUGCCCGAACUGCAAUCUCUGUCAACAUAAAGGAACGAUUGGACUUCUCUUGCGCUCUUUUCACUUCUGACGGCGGGCUUGUUGCCAACGCUCCGCACAUCCCUGUUCACCUUGGUGCCAUGCAAUCUGCCGUCCGUUUCCAGGUGGAGUAUUGGAACAGCGAAGGACGUGAGGGCAUCAAACAAGGCGAGGUCUUGGUGUCGAAUCACCCACAGCUGGCUGGUGGUUCUCAUUUGCCCGAUAUUACUGUGAUCACUCCUGUGUUCCAUGAAGGAAAGAUCAUCUUCUUUGUUGCCAGCCGCGGUCACCACGCCGAUAUUGGUGGAAUCGCUCCAGGAAGUAUGCCUCCUCAUUCCAAGUGCUUGGAAGAUGAAGGGGCAAUGAUUGUUGCGUUUAAACUUGUGAAAGAUGGCAAGUUCCAGGAAGAAGGGAUCACGGAAAUCCUCAACUCGCCAGGCAAGAUCAAGGGUAACUUUGGUACUCGCAACUUGAGAGACAACUUGAGCGAUCUGAGAGCGCAAGUAGCAGCAAACAAUUCCGGAAUUCGCCUUUUGACUGAGCUAGUCAGAGAGUACGGUCUUGUAAGUGUUGAAGCCUACAUGAAGUUUAUCCAGACGAAUGCCGAGUUGUCGGUGAGAAACAUGUUGAAAGAAUUUGCUUCAAAGCACGGCACAAAAUCCCAUGCCAUCGAUUACAUGGAUGACGGAACACCUAUCGAACUGACGAUUGACAUCAAUCAAGACACUGGAAGCGCCGUUUUGGAUUUCACCGGAACAGGCCCGCAGGUUCUCGGGAAUCACAACGCCCCCCCUGCCGUCACCUACAGUGCUGUCAUCUAUUCCCUUCGGUCGCUGGUCAAACAAGACAUUCCAUUGAAUCAAGGCUGUCUUGCUCCAAUCGAAUUUGUCAUUCCUCGGUAUAGUUUGUUGAAUCCAGAUGCCACCGCUGGAGUGGUAGGGGGCAACGUGCUGACUUCUCAGCGAGUGGUUGAUGUCGUGUUGCGUGCGUUCAAGGCGUGUGCUGCCAGUCAGGGCUGCAUGAACAAUUUAACUUUUGGCGACAAAGAGUUUGGAUACUACGAGACCAUCGCGGGCGGAGCUGGUGCUGGACCAACUUGGGUGGGACAAUCCGGCAUCCACACACAUUGCACCAACACGCGCAUCACCGAUCCGGAAAUCUUGGAGAGAAGAUACCCCGUUCUGCUUCGACAAUUUGCCUUGAGGCGUGGUAGCGGUGGCGCUGGAUUGCACAAAGGCGGCGACGGAGUGAUCAGAGAGCUGGAGCCUCUUCGGCCACUGGUGAUGAGUAUUCUCAGCGAACGUCGCACCCUUCGCCCGUAUGGGAUGGCUGGUGGUAUGGACGCAGCCACAGGACGCAAUCUAUUGGUUCGCAAGAAUGGAAUCGUUGUCAACAUGGGAGGGAGAUGCAGUGGUUCAAUGGAUACAGGCGAAAGACUUCGCAUUGAAACCCCUGGGGGUGGCGGCUACGGAACUCCAGCCACUUCCAGCUAG